AUGUUGCUGCUUUGCUGUUGGCAGGCAAGAGCGUGUGCUAUCUGCGCCAUCAUUGUCCAUGUGGGUGCCCUGUUGGUGUUCGGCUGGCUGUGGGUGUGGCAAUGGAUUGCCUCUGUCUUAGCCUUCAUCAUGUGCGGCGUUCUCCUGUGCAUGUACGAUCGGUGCGCGUACAUCACGGGCGGCAUCUGCUUCGCCGUGGCCGCCGUGUUCGACAUCUUAGUGUUGGUGGGAUGGAUUGCCAUUUACAACAAUCUUCAAGACGACUACUACAACUACUACGACGACGACUACUACAACAACAAUGACGGUGAGUGGGAGGACUGGAAGAACGUCAUCCUCUGGUUCGCCCUACUCCCCUUCCUCGGAGCCCUUUCCUUGGGCCUCGGUGCCGUGUUUUCCUUCACGUCGCUGUGCUUCUGGAAGGACGCCGGCUCCCCCGCGGCGGCGAUGGCGGUCACGACUGCGCACGUCCCGGCACCUCAGAACACCGUCAGCGCCACCUACCAGCCUCAGAACGAGCACCAGCACCACGAGCGGUAUCACUACCAACAGCACAAGGCCGCGGAUCCCCAACAGGCACCGCCUUCUGCGAGCGAAAGGCCGCCGCCCCCGGGUUACUACCAGUGAGGUUAUGACCUUCGCCGGCACGCUCGGUGGCCGCUAGCUGCCACGUAAACGGGGGCGAGCCUGGCCGGCGAGAACGUAGCAAGGAUUGAUUGUCCCGGCACAUGAUGUGGUGAGGGAUAGAUUCCGUCAGUCUCGUGGUUGCUUGUCCGUGUGGAAGCGGAGCAUGAAAGCACUCCCGGUGUAUCGAUGUGAGCCCCCCACAUGUUUGUAGGUAUUGGAUUGUGUAGCAAUGGCAUGGCCGGUAUCAUCCCCAGAGGGGGGUGAAUGCUCCAGGCCCAGAAGGCGUGCAAGGGUAGAGUCACGCAUUUUGCUGAGUGCUGAUCCUUGGAUUAUUUCGUUGUUUUGUUCUUUUUCGCAUCCCGUGACGAGCGGGAACGAUGGGAUCGUUUUGUUUUUUCUUGAUCCAUCCCAUUCGCCCAUUAAGUCACCAGGGACGUUUCACUGCUGUAUUGGUGGAAGGUCUGGCUUGGUUUGGGCGGUUUUGUUGGAGGUCGGUUGUGUAUGUGCUCAGUAGUUUUGUAUCGAUUUUUCUUGGUCCUGGUAUGUCAUUCUUGUUUCUAAGAAAAAGGGUGCACCCUUUGUACAGUGCCAGCCCGCUCGCAAGAAACAAUCUGGCAAGAGCUUGAGCCUAGGUUUUUACUAAUUAGAAGAGGGCCGUAACAAACUACACCCAUUUGAUGAAGUACCAUAUGGAGAAAUAACAAAUCCAAUAGACCUUCCAUCGGUACGAAGCGUAAAUAUUUGGGGUAGGACGUGGACGUGGUACGAAGGAACGACCUUCGACCCCCGUGUCGCAGCUCGACAGCGAUGACGACUUCGAUUAACGGUGAGGAAAUUGUUUGAUCAGUCGUUGAAGACUGCCUUCUGGAAGCGUUUUUGAGUUCUUAAUUGCGGGAGAUCAGCAGGUCGUGCGGCUGGCACGCAAAACAACCAAAUUUAGAAGCCACGCAAACUUGCCGCGUUUUGCUCGUGUACGAUCAAGCAUCAUCACAAGCGUGGGCUUGCCUCUUUGUCUAGGGUGUAGACGAGUCGAAUCCAGCCUUAGGAGCAUGGGCCAGACUACAUGGAGCCGAAAGACGAUGACUGCGAGUGCUCGCGCAUCCUCAACGUUUAUAAUAUCGACUAAGAGGUGAGAGUUGGAGUGCACAUGUACAACAGGUCGGGACCAAUUUGGCCAUUGAGUCUCGAAGGGGAGUCCCUUUUUUUCCGCCCUCCGGAACGAGAACGUUGUGCGUGCACACGAUCGUGUAGUUCUGUUGUAGAGUACAUGCAUACUGGUACUGUAGACAUAUGCGCAAUAGUGGGCGCAAUGCAUAUUUUUUUCAAAGUCGGAUAAAGGGCUGCCGGCGAAUGUCAAAUGAAGGUGGCGCGCAGGGUAGCUAGCUUACCGUAGAUGGUGGUACGGAGCCCGUUGACCGCUGUCAUGUGUUUUUUUUCUCUUCAAUUUUUUUUGCGAGGCUGCAACAACGCGCUUCGAUGAAGAGGCAACAAGCGCCGAGAACACAGCAGUACAGUUUGUUUGUUGUUGUUGUUUCUCACGUUAGCUCUAGAAGAGUAAAUGUGCCGAUUAAGGACCACUUAACGGAGCCCCCGCUCUGAGAGGUCGUUCUCGGGUGUCUUGAUUUGUGGCGACAGAGAGGUAUCGAACGUUAGCUUAUAACACGACCUAAACGAUGAAACAACAAAAAACAAAAAUAAUGAAUGUGGUGAUGACAUGGUGCCAGCGUAGUAUUCUUCAUUUGUCAGGGGAAAAUACCGGUUAUACACAGAUGCCCCGAUUGAGGACCACUUCGAAUUCGUAGUGAUUGCGCACGUUCUAAUGAUUUCCAGAACUUUUCCUUUGGCAAGGAUCGUUAUGGUAGUAAUACAAAGCAUUUCCGAAAAAAUAUUUUAAAAUACAUGCAUGCCCGGGGACAAAAACAAGAAAUCCACGUGUUUUUUUGCCUGU